AUAUUCGGAACAAGACGAAACUUUAUGUAUGUAUUAUAUACGCUGUCAGCUAAGCAAUCGUGAACUUUAAACUCAAUCCCCCAAAACUUUUCUCAGCUUCAGCCAUAACCACAGCCAAAUUCUUUUUGGCAAGCUAUCGAAAACACUGUCAUGGCUAUGCAAACCGGAGUAGGUUUGUCGAAGAUCUUGAUCUUAGCCGGCGCCGGUUAUACGGGUACUGUCCUCCUGAAAAACGGUAAAUUAUCGGACAUAUUAGGCGAAUUGCAGUCGCUGGUGAAGGGACUCGAAAAAUCGGGGGAGCAAGCUGAUGAUUCAGAUGCACUUCUAGCUCAGGUGCGUCGUUUGUCAACGGAGAUCAGGCAACUGGCAUCAGCACGGCAGAUAACUGUUCUGAAUGGGGAUUCUGGCGGUAAGUUAACCUCUCUUGUAGUGCCAGCCGCAACAUUGGGGGCAUUGGGUUAUGGUUACAUGUGGUGGAAGGGUAUUUCAUUCUCUGAUCUUUUCUGGGUCACCAAACGCAAUAUGGCGAUGGCUGUGGAGAACUUAACAAAACAUCUGGAUUCUGUCUCAGAUGCUCUCUCUGCUGCGAAGAAGCAUUUGACUCAACGCAUUCAGAACCUGGAUGAUAAAAUGGAAACACAGAAGGAAAUCUCGAAGAGCAUUCAAACAAGUGUAGAAGAGGCUCAUAUGAAUCUGUCUAAUAUUGAAUAUGAUUUGGAUGCACUGCAGAGAAUGAUCUCUGGUUUGGAUGGCAAAAUUGGUUCAUUGGAAUAUAAGCAGGAUCUUGCUAAUGCUGGUGUGUGGUACCUUUGUAAUAUGGUUGGUGGAAAGAAAGCAAACAUGCCUGAAGCUCUGCAGGAGCAACUUAAACUUUCUGGGAAAUCUCGUGCUUUACUUGCAUCAGGAACUCCAGCUCUGAAGGUAUCGAUAUUAGUUGAAUGUGGUAGCCCAAAGUUUCAUGGUCUGAAAGAUGUUGCAGAUAUUUCAUCUGGAAAUAUGAAUGAUUCAGGAAGAGAUGGUUUUGUGAAAGAUGGCUUUGAUAAUUUGGAUGAAGAGCCAAGAAGCCUGCAAAGGAGCGUUUCAGCUAGGUGUUGAUGCCAUUGUGUUCAAUUCAUAGCUAUCAUUUUGCAGUGUGGCAGUUGAUAGAAGUUACCUAUGCCUAUAAAUAACAGAAUCCACGUCAUAGAUUACGAGAGUGAAAACUUGGCGGUACGCCGUGUACAAGAAAUGGUGGAGGCCUUCAAUGAGAACAUAAAUCUUCGGAGGCAAAUAUAUACACAUUUCAGUUUGCAGAUACCCUUUUGUAUUUUGAUACCUAUAGGUAGUUGAUCACGUUACUCGUUAUCAUGUAUUCAUGGUUUUAAAACAUGUAGUUUGCAGCA